GUUGAUGUAUUUGGGAUUUAACAGUUUUAUAAGGGAAUUCACAGACACAGAGGAACACCAAUAAACACAUGGACUUGCCUUGAGUGCAUGUGUUCAACCUUUAUUUGUUGGGAAUAACCUUGAUUAGCAACACUGGAGGUAGAUGUGAGCGAUUACUGCAGCUGGUGUGAGAAACCCUCCAUUGGGCUCUCCCCAACCCCAACCCUCUCCUACAUCAGUCUUCACAGCCAACAUGUUCUCCUCUAACUUUCUGAGUGGGGGGAAUCCUCUCAGUGCGAUGUCCUCUGCUGUUAACAAGUUCAGUCAUUUUGGGGAUGAGGAAAAGCAACAACAGCAGCCUCCAGGACCUUCACAACAGAAGGAUUCUCAACAGCAGAGGAAUGGCCAACCAGCCUCACAGGGUGUGGGUAGAGGCGGCCAAGGAGCUGGACGGGGUGGUUCUUCUCCACAAGCGGCUGGACGGGGUGGAUCUUCUCCACAAGGUGCUGGACGGGGUGGAUCUUCUCCACAAGUUGCUGGACGGGGUGGUUCUUCUCCACAAGCGGCUGGACGGGGUGGAUCUUCUCCACAAGGUGCUGGACGGGGUGAAUCUUCUCCACAAGGAGCUGGACGGGGUGGAUCUUUUCCACAAGGUGCUGGACGGGGUGGUUCUUCUCCACAAGGUGCUGGACGGGGUGGAUCUUCUCCACAAGGUGCUGGACGGGGUGCAUCUUCUCCACAAGGUGCUGGACGGGGUGGAUCUUCUCCACAAGCGGCUGGACGGGGUGGAUCUUUUCCACAAGGUGCUGGACGGGGUGGUUCUUCUCCACAAGGUGCUGGACGGGGUGGAUCUUCUCCACAAGGUGCUGGACGGGGUGCAUCUUCUCCACAAGGUGCUGGACGGGGUGGAUCUUCUCCACAAGUUGCUGGACGGGGUGGACCUGUACAGCCGGGGGCUGAUAGAGGAGGACUUCCACUGCAGGGAGUUGGCAGGGGCGGAACGGGCAGAAGUGGAUCUCCUAAGCAGGGUGUGGUCAGAGGUGGACUUCAGCAACAAGGCCCAAGAGGACUUGGGGAUCAUCCAGCAGGGGCAGCUGGGUCAGGGCCUUCUUCAACAGAACAAAAAUCCCUCUGUCCAGUCUGUAAAAGCACAGAACUCAAUCUGAAGUCCAAGAACUCGCCCAACCAUAACACCUGCACACAGUGUAAAUCAGUCGUCUGUAGUCAGUGUGGAUUUAGUCCUCCAAACUCAACUGAUAAGGAGUGGCUUUGCCUCAAUUGCCAGAUGCAGAGAGCUCUGGGAGGGACAGAAAGUAGUGCACCUCCUGCACUAAAAGCCCAACAACAGCCCAUGAGCUCCGCACCAUCCCAUAACCCUGG